AUGCUCCCUUGGAAUAUUGCAACUAUUAUAAAAUCUAAAAUGAGCUAUGAUAGAAUAUAUAAAUUCCUAAAUUAAAAAGAUAUAGAUGUUUCAAACAUAAACUAUACUAAUGAAAAUUAAAUUGCUAUUGAAAUUAAUAAUAUUGUAUUUAAUUGGCCAAAUAAUUAAAUGAAAAAAAAUAAAAAGCAAAAGUAAAAUACUAAAAAUAUGAAACUAACAUAACCACUUAUUAACGAAAUUGAUAAUUUAAACAUAGAUAUAGAUAAAAAUUUUAUUUUAUAAAUAGAAAAUUUGUAAAUAUUAAAAGGUUCGAUUACGUACAUUAUUGGAAAAUCAGGAUCUGGAAAGACAGCAUUAAUAAAUUCUAUUUUAAAUGAAAUGGAUUCUUAUACUUUAGAUAAUUAAAUAAGCUUAAUAUCAGACACAAAUUAAUCUAUAAUUAAUAAAUAAAAAGGGAUAAAUAUAAGUGGAACUAUUGCAUAUGUUUCUUAAAAUCAUUGGUUAGUAACUAAAUCUAUAAAAGAAAAUAUACUUAUGGGAAAGGCUUUUGAUUAAGAGUUUUAUACUAAAUGCAUAGACGUAUGCGAGUUAAGAUAAGAUUUAGCUAAUUUUGAUAAUUAUGAUGAGCAUUUAGUUGGUCCAAACGGAGAUAAUUUAAGUGGAGGCUAAAAAUAACGUAUUUCAUUAUGUAGAGCUGUAUACUAAGAUAAAUAGAUAUAUUUAUUAGACGAUAUUUUUAGCAGUUUAGAUUUUCAUGUUUGUAAAAAUAUACUUUAAAAAUGUGUAUUUGAGUUUUUGAACGGGAAAGGCAAAACGAUAAUUAUGACAAUAAAUUAAUUUGGAAUUAUUUUUGGAUAAAAUAGCGAUAUUAUAAUAGAUACUAAUUAGUUUAUAUAUUUAGAAGAAGGUAAAAUAAUAAAAGAAGAAUAAAGAAUAGAAAGUUUUAUAAGAAAUGGAAUAAAAAAAAGUAAUGAAGCAAAAGAAGAAUAUGAAAAAAGAAAAUUAAAUUAAAUAAAAGAAGAAUAAGAUAAUGAAAAAAAAUAUAAUACAGAAAGCAAAGAUAAUAUUUUAAUCGAAAAAAAUGAAGAAAAAAGAGAAUAAGGUAUAAAAAAAGACACUAUUCUUGUUUAUUUCAAAUCUAUGAAUUUUUUUUGUCUUUUCAUGUUUCUUAUUUUUAAUUUUCUAAUGCAUGCAAGUCAAAUUAUAAUAGAUUUUUGGCUUAGAGAUUAUAUAUUUCCUUCAAGUCCUUUAUUCCAUAAUCUAAACAUUUUAUUUAAUAACUAAUUUUCAAUGAUAUUUAUUUUACUAAUUUUUUUAAAUCUAUUUCUUACUAUUCUGAGAGCUUUUUUUUAUAUUAUUUGUGCUUUGCUGUCAUGCUAAAGGAUUUCUAAGAGAUUAAACAAAUUUAUUAUAUUUAGUAAAAUGACCUUCUUUGAUAAAAAUCCCUAUGGAAGAAUUAUUAAUAGACUUUCCGAUGAUGUUACUACAGUAGAUGAUCCUCUACCUUGGUCUUGUCAUGUAAUAAUGGAAUAAGCAUCAUAUGUACUUGGGUAUCAAAUCGGUAUAGCAAUAUAAUUUCCUUGGAUAUUGAUAAUAUUUUUAUUUAUUUUUUACUUAUCGUAUAAGAUAUAAAAAAAAUUUAGAGUUUCUAAUAGAGAAAUAAAAAGAUUAAAUUCAGUAAAUUAAGGGGUUGUUUUAACACAUUUGAGCGAAAGUUGUAAGGGAGUAGUUUUGAUUCGCUCUUUUAAUAAUUAAAAAUAUAUGAAUAAAGAAUAUUUACAAAAAUUAAGCCUUUCUAAUAAUUCUUUUCUACUUACUUAGGCUAUUUAUUUGUGGAUGGUUGUAAGAUUAUUAUUAAUAAGCAAUUUGUCUUUGCUUUUUGUCGGAGUUUCUUCUAUCUUUAUUAUUUUAGGAAAAUUUAGUAUUUAAUAUAAUACUGUUGCUAUGUGUUUGACUUAUUCUAUGUUAUGGUCAAGUCGUUUAGCCAAUUUGAUAAAUAUUUUUUGCUAGGCAGAAUCUAAUAUGAUUAGUAUGGAAAGGAUUAGUUAAUAUUUUCAUAAUCCUUAAGAAAAUUUGAAUGCAAAAAUCGGUUAAAAUUAAAAUAGUUAGGAAAUUCAAGCUUAUUAAUAAUGUGGUAAUGAAUAAUAUGUAGUUUAAUUUAAAAAUGUUAUGUUUACUUAUAAUAAUAUUAAUAAAGUUAAACAAUAAUAUGCUCUUAAAAACUUUAAUUUGGCAAUUAAAAAAGGAGAAAAAAUAGCCAUUUGUGGUAGAACUGGUUCUGGUAAAACAUCGGUUUUAAAUGCACUUUUUAAUAUGUAUAAUUUAGAGUCUGGAGAUAUAUUCCUUAAUUCUGUUAAUAUUAAAUCCAUGACACUUUCUGAGCUAAGAUAAUAAAUAUCUAUUAUUCCUUAAUUUGGAUUUCUCUUUAAUGCUUCAUUAAAAGAUAAUAUUGAUCCUUAGAAUUAAUACUCAAAAGAAUAAAUAUAAGAAAAAACUCAGAAUAUAAAUUUAUUUAUAAGAAAUCAGAAAGACUAUGAUUUUGUCAUUUAAGAUGAUAACUUAUCAAAUGGAGAAAAACAAAUAAUUAAUUUCUUAAGAAUUGCUAUUAAAGAUACUUAAAUUGUAUGUUUAGAUGAAGCUACUUCUAACAUCGACGCUUAAACUGAUUAAAAACUUCAUGAAUAAUUAUUUGAAUAUACUAAAGAUAAAACUUUAAUUGUUAUUACACAUAGGUUAGAAAAUAUUCAUCAUUUUGAUAGAAUAUGCGUUUUAGAUAAUGGGGAAAUUCUCGAAUAAGGAAACAUUGAAUAAUUAAAAUAGAACACAGGAGGCUUUUUUAAUAGAAUCACUAAUUAAUAAUGA